AUGGGCAAAGCAGUGAUCGUGAGUGUGGAAGAACAGAGAGAGUUGGGCGCAGGGGAAGCUUUGCGAAGAGAAACAGAUGUGCGGCGCAACGCGUCCCUUAGAACGCCCGACCUUCUCCUACACAGCCUCAAACCGACGUCCCCGCUCUCCUCUUUCAUCCCACACCAUCGCUGGAGCCAUAGGCUCACACAACAAACCAGACUCGCAAGGCCGUCGACAAAUGCCGCCCACGUUCCCGGCGACUCGGUCCACGAAGGAAGGAGCUGCUGCGUCAGGAGGAUCACGGAAGGAAGGGAAGUUCAUUCACGGAACCAGAAGGCCGAGUUGCUGACCACCGACGACACCCACGACAACGCGAUCAACUCCGGCCGCCGACGUCUACCUCAAACUGCGACGAACUCGGAGGGAACGGAGAGUGGUACAAUCACGACCAAGGAAGUGGAGAGCAGGAGUUUGACAACGAAGAGUACUAUGAAGAUGGUGAAGACUAUGGCGACUACGACGAUGCUGAGGAGUGAGGCCUCGUGGACUACAUCGACUGCCUGUGGCUAAGAUGGAUUUACUUCGCAUUUUAUUAUCCGCUGUGCUUUCUGGUUGUAAUAAAUGUCACAAGACAUUUCACUUUGUGGCUCAAACUUUGUAAUAAUU